GCAGAAACCCAUUCACCCUCUCAAAUUUCUUCGGCCGUUCAUGGCUACAGGCCAUGAAAGCAAUCAAAGUCUCACAGUGUGUGUGUGUGUGUGAGAGAGAGAGAGAGAGAGAGCCCAACUCUCUUAAAAUGGCUGGGAUUGGUGCUGGCUGUUAUUUGAACCACUCUCUUGGGAGAAAUUUGGGGGCAUCUUUGUUAGUAUUCGAUAUUCAUCGAGGAGGGGCAGUGGCAGGAAAACCAUUUCGUCGUAGAAAUUUAGUAAUCAAAGCAGAAGUAAAUUUUGUGAAUGCUGAAGAAGCAAAGAAACUUAUAGCAGAAGGAUAUGCAAUUCUGGAUGUGCGUGACAAAACACAGUAUAAUCGAGCACAUAUUAAAGACUGCCAUCAUGUGCCCCUUUUUAUUGAGAACCAGGAUAAUGACCUUGGCACAAUAAUAAAGAGAACUGUGCACAAUAAUUUUUCUGGUUUAUUCUUUGGGUUGGCAUUUACCAAACCCAAUCCCAAUUUUGUGCAAUCUGUAAAGAGCCAGUUUUCACCUGAAAGCAAGCUAUUACUUGUAUGCCAGGAAGGACUGAGGUCUGCAGCUGCUUCUAACAGGUUAGAGGAAGCUGGUUACCAGAAUAUAGCAUGCGUGACCUCGGGGCUUCAAUCUGUGAAACCAGGAAUGUUUGAUUCUGUUGGUUCCACUGAGCUGCAAAAUGCAGGCAAGGCUGGUUUAAUUACAGUGCAAGGCAAGAUCUCAGCUGUCCUGGGAACUGUACUUAUCUGUGCAUAUCUUUUCAUAACUUUCUUCCCAGAGCAAGCUGAGAAGCUCCUUCAAAUGGCCCCCUCCAGCUAGCACAUGGAAGACCCCGAAUUUUGGGGUUGCUCUUUUUGUCCCUGUCAUGUUGUUUGAAGCAUUGGACAUUAAGAGCAGAAAACCCCAGUGGAAUGGAGAGAGAAAGUACCAGAAAAUCUGUAAAUGGUAUUGUAAUUUGUUGCAACUAGUGUAAUGUAACUCAUAUUGGAAAUUUUUUCAGUUUGCCUGCUACUGUUGGCAUACUCAUCGAAGCCGUGAAAUUGGAAUGUGUGAUGGUGUCAAAUAUCGUGCAUAAUUUAUGUUGAAUUUUUCUUCCGUAAAGGCUAUAUUGUAAUAGAGGAUAGGCUUAUUUGCUGCAUUCAUUACAGUCAUGAGCUAGUUUUUGACCAAAUGUAAUAGAAUGUAGUUCUCCUUACAAGCUUGUAAGAGCAAUAGGUAUGAACCCCGAGUAUUUUCUCAAGUUAUAUCAAAG